AUGCAGGCUUGCCCACAGGUUUGUGGAGGCCCCUGUGAGGAUUAUGGAAAGAACUUUAAGGAUAUUACAAAUCUCAUCAAUAACACCUUCAUUCGGACUGAAUUUGGCAUGGCUAUUGGUCCUGAGAACUCUGGAAAGGUGAUAUUAACAGCAGAGGUGUCUGGAGGAAGUCGUGGAGGAAGAAUCUUCAGGUCAUCAGAUUUUGCAAAGAACUUUGUACAGAUAGAUCUCCCUUUUCAUCCUCUGACUCAGAUGAUGUAUAGCCCUCAGAAUUCUGAUUAUCUCUUAGCCCUCAGCACUGAAAAUGGCCUGUGGGUGUCCAAGAAUUUUGGGGGAAAAUGGGAAGAAAUCCACAAAGCAGUAUGUUUGGCCAAAUGGGGAUCAGAAAACACCAUAUUCUUUACCACAUAUAUGAAUGGCUCCUGCAAAGCUGACCUUGGAGCACUGGAAUUAUGGAGAACUUCAGACUUAGGAAAAAGCUUCAAAACCAUUGGUGUGAAAAUCUACUCAUUUGGUCUUGGGGGACGUUUCCUUUUUGCCUCUGUGAUGGCUGAUAAGGAUACAACAAGAAGGAUCCACGUGUCAACAGAUCAAGGGGACACAUGGAGCAUGGCCCAGCUCCCCUCUGUGGGGCAAGAACAAUUCUAUUCUAUUCUGGCUGCUAAUGAUGACAUGGUAUUCAUGCAUGUAGAUGAACCUGGAGAUACCGGAUUUGGCACUAUCUUUACCUCUGACGAUCGAGGCAUUGUCUACUCCAAGUCUUUGGAUAGACAUCUCUACACUACUACAGGUGGAGAGACUGACUUUACCAAUGUGACCUCCCUCAGAGGGGUCUACAUAACAAGCAUGCUCUCGGAAGGUGAAUAUUGGCAUAGCUGUUCUAUAACCUUGCUCUUUCAGCUGAAUGUGUUAGGAAUUGAGUCCUUCAGAGAACCUGAUGGUCCUCUCCCCCAGUAACAUGCUUGCCAAGCCAGUAUGCC